CAUGAUGAGGACAUCACACCUAAGCCUUUUAAGUUUUAUGAACGGAAGAGAUGGAAGAAGAGAGCAGCUAAUAAUUAUAUCUCUUUAUGCUUUGAUUGAUUGCUCAGGUUAUUAAUUUCCAGCUUAAGAAGGGUUUGAUCUAGAGGUCUCCAGGCUGGUAUUUCAAGAGUCUUCUUGUGUCUUUUAACUGUUACUUUAUUAGGCCUUUUAUGUUUCAGUUUCUGAAAUUUAAGAGUCCUAAUGAGUACUUAAGGCUAGCUGGUGUCAGUUAUAAACAUUAGUAUAAAUAAUGUAAGAGCCCAUAGGCUGGGAUAUGCUAUGUUGAAUAAGAAUAUCAGUGUUCACUGAAUUUUCCUGUGAUAGGACCAAGGUGAGAAACCUGGGAGAGAUUCCCAAAUUAUAGUGUUUUGGUUGUGAAGCCUAGACUAAGGUGUGAAGCCUGGGAGUGAAUCCUAAAAUUAGUGUGUGCUUAACCUACAGUUCUUAGAGCUUGUGAUCUAGGUUCCUAAACAGCUACUGUGCUGCAUCAGUUUUGGUAUCAGAGCUGGACAAGCUCUAGUAUUUCUAGCUCCAGCCCAUAGAAAUCCCAUUCAGCCAUGGAUGCUGAAACUGUGGCUAAAACCUUGGAAGCCGUACUCGCUCAACUUGGACAGAUUGACACAAGAAUGCAAGACUAUGCAGCAGCCUCUGACCGGCGUUUGGCAGAACUUGAAGCCUCCAUUCUCAAUGAAGAAGAGAGUGUAGGCGGAGGACGGAGACCACAGCCUAGAAGGAUUGCUCGCAGGCAGCAGCCCCUCCGGAAUAUUAAUGGGCAAGAUGGAUAUGAUCCUGAAGAGAAAGCUUUGAGGUCUAUUAAAGUUGAAGCUCCAAACUUUGAUGGCCAACUAAAUGCAAAGGUAUGUUUGGAUUGGAUUUCAGACAUGGACCAUUAUUUUGAUUGGUAUGAAUUGUCAGAAGCUCGAAAGGUGCGCUUUGCAAAGAUGAAGUUGGUGGGCAAAGCGAGGGAAUGGUGGACUGGUUUGGAAAGGCGACUUGCAAGGGCUGGUGAAGAACCUGUUACAGAAUGGGAUGAGAUGAAAGAAAGGCUGAAGGAGAAGUAUGUUCCCUUGGCUUACCAACAACGUUUGCUGGACCAGUGGCAAUCCCUUCGUCAAGGAGGCAUGCCAGUUGUGGAGUAUAUCGAUAAGUUCGAAGAAUUUAUGGUGAGAUGUAACAUAACUGAAGAUCCAUCUGUAACCCUUGCCCGUUUCAGAACCGGCCUUCGUCCAGAACUUCAAAGGGAGUUGAUUCCUCAUGAGGUAUAUUCGUUGGAGCGAGCCUAUCAAAUUGUGCUGGAAUUGGAGCGUUAUUUAAAAAGUCCUACAACCCCUGUACAAAGGCGGUUUGACCAACGGAAUCUUGAAUUUCGUGCUAGUGCUUCCGGCACUAAAUCAUCUCCAUAUUCUAGUGGUUCUAAUGCUGCCAAUUCCCUGGUGAAAACUGAGAGGGGAAAGGGAGUACAAUCUAGCAAUCGGGGAGAAGGACUCGCACGGUGCUAUAAGUGUCAAGGUUAUGGCCAUUAUGCUGGUCAAUGCCCAACUAAAGAGCAAUUACGAAGUCUAUUUGCUGCUAGCACAGAAGGAGAGGCUAAUGUUCAAGUACACCUAGAGGAAGAAGUUUAUGACCCUGAAAUCCCAGCUGAUGAUGAUCUAGAGGAAGAUGUUCAACCGAAAACGGCUGUGGUGAGAUGCACCUUGACUCAACCUAAGGAAGCUGAAGAUUGGCGGAGAACGACCAUUUUUCACACUUAUGUUAAAAGGGGAGACAGAAGUUAUAAGGUCAUCAUUGAUAAUGGGAGCUGCAUCAAUGUGGUUUCUCCUCAGACCGCUUCUAAAUUGGGUUUGACCCCUGCUGAUCAUUCUCAACCUUACCGUGUAGCAUGGAUUGAUAAGUCUUCCAUUCCGGUAAAGCAGCGAUGUCAGGUACCCAUUCAAUUUUCAUCCUACAAGGAUACUGUUUGGUGCGAUGUGGUGCCAAUGGAUGUGGGACAUAUUCUUUUAGGCAGACCAUGGUUGUAUGAUCUCGAUGUUAAUACGGCGGGCCGUGCCAAUACAUGCUCUUUUAUUCAUGAAGGAAAACAUAUCAAACUGAAUCCAGUUCAGCCCAGACUUAUGUCUCAACCGAUACCAAGCAGGGAGCAGUCAAAAUCCAUUAACAUCAUCAGUGCCAGAGAUUUCGUGAAGGAGACGACAAGAGAUUCUGUAAUUUUUGUAUUGUUUGCAAAGGAAUCUCACCCUUUGAGUAGUUUGGCGCUGCCGCAGGGUGUUAAGUCAGUCCUAGAACAGUUCAGCGAUGUGUUCCCUGAGGAUCUUCCCAAUGAACUUUCUCCUCUUCGAGAUAUUCAACAUGCAAUUGAUCUGGUUCCAGGAGCAACAUUACCUAAUUCACCACAUUAUCGGAUGAACCCAACUGAGCAUGCAGAAUUGAAGAGGCAAAUUGAUGAACUUCUCGCAAAAGAAUUCAUUCGAGAGAGUCUUAGUCCAUGUGCUGUUCCUGCCCUCCUCACACCAAAGAAGGAUGGUUCUUGGAGGAUGUGUCUUAGUAGAGCCAUAAACAAAAUUACAAUCAAGUAUCGAUUUCCAAUACCGAGACUUGAUGAUAUGCUGGACAUGAUGGCAGGAGCAACGAUCUUUUCUAAGAUUGAUUUGAGGAGUGGUUAUCAUAAGAUCCGCAUCAGACCUGGAGAUGAAUGGAAAACUGCUUUCAAGACAAAGGAUGGCUUGUAUGAAUGGCUAGUCAUGUCAUUUGGGUUAACCAACGCUCCCAGCACAUUCAUGAGAGUUAUGACACAAGUUUUAAGGCCAUUCAUGGGUAAGUUCUUAGUUGUUUAUUUUGAUGACAUUCUAAUAUAUAGCACAUCCCAGGAAGAGCACCUUGCUCACUUGAGGCAAGUCUGCAUAGCUCUUCGAAAAGAGAAGCUGUUUGCAAACCUUAAAAAGUGUUCAUUCAUGUCCAAUGAGGUUGUCUUUUUGGGAUUUGUUGUGUCGUCAAAAGGUGUUAAAGCUGAUCCGGAGAAAGUCAGAGCUAUUGCUGAAUGGGCUGAACCAACAAAUAUUCAUGAGGUGCGUAGUUUUCAUGGAUUGGCUACGUUUUAUCGGCGAUUCAUUGCUGAGUUCAGUUCUAUCAUGGCCCCGAUCACUAAUUGUUUGAAGAAAGGGGAGUUUCGGUGGACAAGUGCAGCAGCAAAGGCAUUUCAGGAGAUCAAAACAAGAAUGAUCAAUUCCCCUGUUAUGCGUCUUCCUGAUUUUACAAAAGUUUUUGAGGUAACAUGUGAUGCUUCAGGUGUGGGAAUUGGUGGAGUUCUAAGUCAAGAAGGGCACCCUUUUACAUAUUUCAGUGAGAAAUUGAAUGAAGCCAAGCAAAAGUAUUCCACAUAUGACAAAGAAUUUUUCGCAGUGGUUCAAUCUCUGCGUUAUUGGAGACAUUACUUGCUGCCACAAGAAUUUGUUUUGUUCUCUGAUCAUGAGGCCUUGCGUUACCUCAAUUCUCAGAAGAAGUUAAAUCCACGACAUGCAAAGUGGGCUGAAUUUAUCCAAGAGUAUACUUUUGUGUUGAAGCAUAAGUCUGGAGUGGAGAAUAAAGUGGCUGAUGCUCUUAGUCGCAGAAAUCUACUUUUACACUAGUGUGGAGGUGGCUGGAUUUGAUAAUUUGAAAGA